AUUCAGUGAUUUCAGACAAAAGCCCACGAAAGCAAUAAUAAAGUGAAGUAAGGCACUUAUUUCUUGCACCUGCUCGUACGAACCAAUCAAAUUUACUCGCGCAUUCGCCGAAUGGUAAUUUGGCGCCACAAUCUCACAGUGUUGCUUUUGCCAUUUGCUAUUUAGCAUACUGUCGCCCCAGGGGGUUUAGUGAUGUCUGGCAGCGCCCAAACUAUACCUUAUCAUAGCAAGAAACAGCGAAAGCGCUUUGUUUUGUUGCUCUGUUAUUGAGGAAAAAGAACUUUUUUUCAUCAAAACGUUAAAACAUGGAGACACCAAUUUAUGUCAAUGGAACAACUUCUACCAGCGGAAAGAGUGUUUCGUUAAAACGAGUUGUAAACCAUAAGCAAGAUCUACAAAAAGAGAUCGCCGAUCUUGACAAAUUACAGAAUACGUUACUUCAGCAACGUCAAGACCUCGAUUUCCUCAACGAGAACAUUAAAAGCUGGGCGCAAAGCUUCGACAAAAUAGAACGAAAUAGCCAAGGUGUUCCCUUUGUGAGAAAUGUAAAAGAAAUUUGUGCAUUGAUAGAGAAUCACUUGAAUGAUAUUCAUGGUGAUUUUUACUUCAGAAUGCAGAAUUUGGUGACCGCGGACGUGCCCUGCUUUCAACAGGUUUACGAAGCUCUGGAGCUGUUGAAGAAACAAGUGUCAAAAAUUAUCCGCGAUGACGCCGCUUAUAAGGCCUCGUUUAUUGAAGAAAUUCGACAGCUUCUGGGGCGGCUGACUGGAAUCACUGAUACAAUGAUGGAGAUCUAUUUUGAGCAAUAAUCGGCAACAUCUUGAGGCGAAUUGUGUGAAGGAGAUUAAUUUAGAAGAAAUUAUUUGAAAAUGCUUCCAUGUCGUUUCAAAGAUCGAACUUUAUUUUUGUAUGUCAGUUUGAUUUUUUGUUUUUCGUUUUGUUUAGAGUAGCGUAAAUAAUUAUAUUUUCAUGGUACAAGAAUAUGGUACUUCUUGUUUAAGAAGCAACAAGUGUAGUCAGUUAAUUUAAGUGGAAAAUGAGACCUUUCACGGUCACAGUGAAAUCGUAUAGAAGGAUUCUGAUGCGACGCGACUAACUCAUCUCGAAGGAAGAGCUUUACUUCCAAACUUCGCCUGAUGUAUUUAGGAGUGAUAAGUUUAUAAACAGGAACAGAAAUGAUUAAAAUAACAAGUAUCUUAGUGUC